CGCCCGGCGGGUUCUCGUCGGCCGCCGUGGUCUCGCGAGAGGACGGCCCCGGCUGCUCCGGCUGCUGCGGGCGGGCGCCGGCGGGAGGCCGCGGCCGCUGUACCCUCACGGUUAUCCACACUCUUCCAGGGCCAGCAGAAGAUGAUCACAUCCCAGGGAUCAUUGUCAUUCAGGGAUGUUACUGUGGGCUUCACUCAGGAGGAGUGGCAGCACCUGAACCUUGCUCAGAGGACCCUGUACAGGGAUGUGAUGUUGGAGAACUAUAGCCAUCUUGUCUCAGUGGGGUAUUCCAUUGAUAAACCAGAAGUGAUCCUCAAGUUGGAGCAAGGAGAGGAGCCAUGGAUAUUAGAGGAAGCGUUCCCAAGCCAGAGUGACCCAGAAUUAAUUAAUAGCAAUGGAAACAAUUCAAGAAAGAAGUUGAAUGAGUUUAACAAAGGUAGAAAUUGGCUCCAUAAUGAUAAGUAUGAAAGAAUUCAUUCUGAAGAGAAACCUUAUGAAUAUAAUAAAAAUGGGAAUGACCACCUUAAUGAAGACUUUGUUCACCAUCAGAAAAUUCAAAUUUUGGAGCAACAUUUUGAAUACAGUGAAUGUAGAAAAGCUUUCCAUGAGAAUUCACUCUUUGUUGUACAUAAGAAACCUUAUACAGGAAAGAACACCUGUGAAUACUCUGAAUAUGGGAAGAUCUUCUGUGAUAUGUCAUCUCUCCUUGCUCAUCAGAGAACACAUCCAAGAGAGAGUCGCUGUGAAUUUAAUGAAUGUGGAGAAAAUUUCUUGGAAGAAUCCAUUCUCUUUGAGCACCAGAGUGCUCGGCCUUUCAGCCAGAAGUCAAACCUCAUUCCAAUUCAGAGAAACCACUCAAUUGACAAUAUAUUUGAAUAUAAUGAAUACGGAACAUUUUUCAGUGAAAAGUUAGUCUUUGGUGUACAACAGAGAACACAUACAGGAGAAAAACCUUAUGAAUGUCAUGAAUGUGGAAAAACCUUCAACCAGAAGUCAGCCCACACCAGACAUCAGAGAACACACACAGGGGAAAAAUCUUGUGAAUGUCAUGAAUGUGGAAAAACUUUUUAUAAAAAUUCUGACCUCAUUAAACAUCAGAGAAUUCACACAGGGGAAAAACCUUUUGAAUGUCAGGAAUGUGGGAAAUCUUUCAGUGAAAAGUCUACCCUCACUCAACAUCGGAGAACACACACAGGGGAGAAACCUUAUGAAUGUCUUGAAUGUGGGAAAACCUUCUCAUUUAAGUCUGUCCUUACUGUACAUCAAAAAACACACACAGGGGAGAAGCCUUAUGAAUGUUAUGAAUGUAGGAAGGCCUUUCUCAGAAAAUCAGACCUCAUUAAACAUCAAAGAACUCACACAGGGGAAAAACCUUAUGAAUGUAAUGAAUGUGGGAAAUCCUUCUCUGAGAAGUCAACCCUUACCAAACACCUGAGAACUCACACAGGUGAGAAACCCUAUGAAUGUAUUGAAUGCGGAAAAUUUUUCUGCUACUAUUCGGGUUUCACAGAACAUCAGAGAAGACACACAGGGGAGAAACCUUUUGGAUGUAAUGAAUGUGGGAAAAAUUUCCGGCAGAAGUCAGCCCUAAUUGUUCAUCAGAGAACUCACAUAAGACAGAAACCCUAUGAAUGUAAUGAAUGUGGAAAAUCAUUCUGUGUAAAGUCAAAACUCAUUGCACAUCAUAGAACACACACAGGGGAAAAACCCUAUGAAUGUAACAUUUGUGGAAAAUCAUUCUAUGUGAAGUCUAAACUGACUGUACAUCAACGAACACAUUUGGGGAAAAACUCUAUAAAAGUAAUAAAUGAGGGAAAUCACUCUGGGUGAAGUCAAGAAUUUAUAGAAAGAGCACAAAAGGAGAAAAAUCCAUUGAUAUAAUGAUUUUGAGAACAUCUUUGGUCUAAGAGCCAUUCUCACAAUCAGAGAACUUGUGGGAGAAGAUAUGAAGCUUUGGAAUAUUGAAAACUUUGUGGUGGAAUUUGAAUUAUACAAUACAUCAGAAAGCUCAGAGUAGAGGAAACAUAUUCGUAAAUGAAUGUAGGGAACCUUUUGCCCAAAGCCACACCCCACUAAAUAUCAAAGAAAACACACAAGUUAGAGACCUCUGUCCUCAUCAUAGAGUAGAGAAGACUUUAUGCAGAGGCUUUAGAAAAGGCACAAAUUAUAGGAAACUAUAGGAAAGCAUUUACUAUGAGGUGGUAUUUUAUUAGACUUGGGUGAAAUGCUUGAAGUAGUAUCUCAGUGGAUGUCAGAAGUUACUAGAGAAAAUACUUGAAAUAAGUGGAAGCUUUAAGUUAAAAUCUAAGCUUUUACCUCAGAGAUUUUCAAUUUGAAGGAAUUCUAGCAAUUUAGGAAAUGUGGAUAAUGGUUUUCAUUUAGAAAUAGCAUUUUAUUUUUGUUGAGAUAUAAUUUGGCCCAUUGCCAGGUGUAUUGUUUUCCUCCAUUUAAUGUAUUAGAUGUGAAAAUACAUCACACUGGGACCAAUAGUUGUAAGCAAGUCAGGCUUUUUGCUCAAGCAUAUGCGGAACAAGAGAUUUUUAGCAAGAGGACCCACCAACAGGAUUUUCUGAUGUCCAAGUAAAAGAGAUUUUGGAUCUAGUAACACACUAGGUCUAGGAGGAUUCUAGGAGGAGCUUGCCAGCAAGAAGUUUUAGUAAUUCUGAGGCCAACUCAUUUUGAGUGGCUCAUUCUGGAAUAGUAGAUCAAAGGGGAAAAGUGAGUUGCUGUAUAUGCAACUUAGUGGAUGUAGUAAAAGUGAGUGUGGAGAAUAAGUGGAUUCUGCACUGGCAAGUGUUUAACAGUUUGUCCAAGUGUCAUCUUCUGUGAGUGACAUGUUAUACCCAAAUCUAUUUCUCCACAUAUUUAACACCUUUCAUCUGUGAUGUAGCAAUUUAAAAAUUCAUAUACAAAAAUACAUUCUUAAAUAUAGAGCUUUAGAAAGCACAAGUAGAUUCUCCGACUGAGUAGGUUAUAGUAGCUUGUAGCAGAUCAGUGUACUAAUUGAGAACAACUAGAAAAAUACCACAAAAAGUAUCUAUUUUAAUUCAGUCUAUGAAGCAAAGAGGACUAAAAGGAAAAUUCAGGAGAGAAGUGAAUUACAGAAAGUACAUGGGCAAAAUGCAGCUGUUUUACCUGGACAGGAUACUUGCUAGUUCUGGCCACAGGGAAGAACCUGAGUACUGAGUAUGGCUCAGGUAGAGGAGGAAACUAUUUGUAGGAGGGCAGAGCCCAGUCUGUCAAGGCUGGAGUGAAAAAUUCUUAAACAAAAAAAAAAAAAAGCCUUAAACAUUACAGGUUAGACAUAUACUGGUUUUUAAAGAAAUUUUUAGAAGAAGGACUCCAUGCAGAGCAGGAGCCUGAAAAGUGAAUCUGAAUGUAGAUUUUUUUUUUUAAAGUACUGAGAAAAAAUGAUUAGAAUUUGUGAACUGCCAGUAGGAUGGACCCUUGCUGAGCACAGCAUGCUACCAUUAAAAGCAAGGUCAUUAUCAGAGGUAGAGUUACCAUAUUGCAACUGCAAACAAUAUCUGGUAUUUAAAAUAAAAAAAAAAAACCUGCCAAGAAAGAAAACUAAGAACAGAUGGCUUCACUAUAGUUAUUCCAAAUAUUUAAGAAGGAAAUAAUACCAAGCUUUUAUUAACUUUUACAGAGAAAGGAAGAUGGAGCUUUUCUAAAUCAUUUUGUGAGCUCAGUACCACCUUGAUACCAAAACCUAUAAAAGACAUUUCAGGAAAAUAAAGUUACUGAUAUUUUAUGAAAAUGCAUAAUAGUAAAUUUUAAAAAAAUCAGUUAUAUCCAUGUUUAUUAGAAGAGUCAAAGGAUUUAAUAUUUAAAAUUAAAUCAAUUUGGCCAAUU